AUGUUGUCUCUGAAGGUCGGCUACUCGACUCUAGCUUCUUCGAGAGUUUACCAGACUCAAUUAAGCAGACUCUCGACUGCUUGUGUUUAUUUUUCCAUUUGUCCGGCGUCUGCUGAAGGCAUCCCUGUCAUACGCGUUCCUCGCUCCGUGCAGAAUCGCGUGGAGAAUGUGAAACAAACUCGAGUUAUAAAUAAAAUCAGCACCAGCAAAGCUGGCAAGCUCCUCAUCCAGGGCAGGAACGCCAGUUUGAACCAGUCUGUUGGUUACACGCACGGCAAGUUUGACGUGCCUACACUCUGCUCCAAAGGAUGGAAGCACAAAAAGUCAUUCGGAGAUUAUUUCACUGUCAACAACAUCAAAUCCGUUGCACCUUUUGUAUCUGCAAGCAAGGAGGAGGAAAUUAAAAAGCCAGUGAAGACCUUCCAUAGAUUACAAAUCUCCACUGAGUUGAUAGAAACUUUGGAACGCUCAAACAUCAUUCAUCCCACCACAGUGCAGCUGCAGACCAUACCUAAGGUGAUGCGAGGUCACAAUAUCCUGUGUGCAGCUGAGACAGGUAGUGGGAAGACACUGAGUUAUUUGUUGCCGAUUAUGCACAAAUUGCAGCUCAGUAAGGAAAUUAAUCAUGAGGCGUCCCCUGAAAUCCGUGCUAUGGUUGUGGUGCCCUCCAGGGAGCUGGCUGAGCAGGUGGCGUCCGUGUCCAAGACCCUGUGCAUCCCACUGGGCUUGGAGACGAGGACAGUGGGAGGCGGGCGAGGCGUGGGGCGCAUCAAAGGGGUUUUCAAGCGAGGCGUUCCUGAUGUUUUAGUAGCCACACCAGGUGCUCUGGUCAAAGCGCUGCGGAGACGUUGCUUGGACUUGAGCCACCUGCGCUUUCUGGUGGUGGAUGAAGCUGACACCAUGUUCGACCCGAGCUUCUCAGACAUGUUGGAGGAAAUUUUGCAGCAUGUUGAAAUCGCCAGUGCUCCGGCAGAAACGCAAGACCCGUUGAACAAGGCUCAGCUUCUGGCCAUUGGUGCCACCUUCCCCGGCGGAGUGGGCGACGUCCUCAGUCGGGUGACGGAUCUCGGCAGCAUAGUGGUGAUUAAGAGCAAGAUGCUGCACUUUCUCAUGCCGCAUGUCAAGCAGACCUUUCUCAAAGUUCGAGGGCAGGACAAAGUCCUGGAGCUCAACCAUUACUUGAAACGACUCCAGCAGGAACACGGAGGAGCAGGUGGGAACGCCGUUCUUGUGUUCUGCAACAAGUCCUCCACUGUCAACUGGCUCGGAUAUUCCCUGGAGGAGAUGGGUGUGCCGCACACUCGUAUCCAAGGUGAGAUGCCUGCCGUGGUGCGCACAGGCAUCUUUCACCGCUUCCAAAAGAGCACGACGGAUAUUCUCCUGUGCACUGAUGUUGCUUCACGAGGCCUGGACACGUCCCGGGUACGCCUGGUGGUCAACUAUGACUUUCCGCAGUCACACACAGACUACAUCCACAGGGCCGGUAGGGUGGGGAGAGCUGGGGGAUGCGAAGAUGGCGAGGUGCUCAGUUUCGUCACGCAUCCGUGGGAAGUGGAGCUCGUGCAGAAGAUUGAGACAGCUGCACGGAGAAGGACUUCUUUGCCUGGUAUGGAGUCCGCAAUCCGGGAACCAGAACCUAAAGUAGUGGAGACAGAAGAGUUGAGUUGA